AUGAAGAAUAUCAGCGAAUGGUUGAACCCUUUCAGUACAAACACUUCCUGCAGCAUCGUUCAGCAAUGGCCGCCGAAGCACGGUUGGCCAACACGCCCAUCACACAGCUCGAUCCUUCACUUACAAAGGACGUCCUCUACGAACGUCUUGUUGACAUCUUGAACAAGAAUGAAGUGUAUGCGCAUCGGUUGCAUUGUCCAUGGAGACGACGCGUUUCAGAUGCACGAUAGUUCUUGUUUUUAAUCUUGACCUCCUAUUUCUUUCAUGGGGAAUGGAUGCUAGAGAUGAGAUUGGCAUACUCCCCUUUCUGCCAGACCGAGAAGAGUCGAGUGCGGAUAGUGGUGGUGGUGGGAUUCCUUCAUAUCCGUUUGUUGUUCAGGAACGAGGGAGCAAGCUCGGGAUCCCAAUCUACUGCUGGGUACCUCUGCUCGACGCCUCGAAUGCGGCGUUCAAGAAUGCUUUGAGGGCUGCCAGAACAGGAACCCAGGACAGCAGUUCAAACGCGACGACAGCGACAGCGAUCAUAACACAGCAGGAUUGGCUGACUGACCCAGAGAAACGUCGCAGAGUGAUCGAGUCGACUUCAUGCCUGAUGAUCCUUUGUCCAGACUCCUUCACUGCCGUGAACGCCCGGAAGCGAUUGGUGGAAGGAGGGUAUAUGGACGCUCGAAAGGAACUGCAAUACUUGGACAUGAUUCUCACUUUUCCCAGGAACUGCAAAAGCUCGGGCGCCUGGCAUCACCGGAAAUGGCUGCUUUGCUAUCUAUUCAAAGACUACGAAACCGUGCCUCUCGAUCCCUCGAUCGUUAAAGAACAGCUCCAGGUGUGUCAUCUGGCAGCGGAGCGAUACCCGAAAUGCUAUUAUGCCUGGACUAUGCGUCAUUGGCUCGUCGAUCAAUUGGGACGGCAUUGGUGGGAGGCCAGCCUUGACCAGGGCCACGAGCACACACAUACCCGGGUUAAGGUUAAUGUUUUUCUUCGACCACAAGCAGACGAGGAAGACAUGUUGCUGCCGCUACUGCAGGAAUUUGAGCGGAUGAAGACGCAUGUGCAAAGGAACGUAUCUGAUCACUCAUCGCAGCAACAUCUACAGCGGUGUAUGAUACAGUUGAGUGGGAAAUGGACUGUCCAGCAACAGCAGAGCACAGAAGACAACUCCGGGGCGUCACCAUCAGGAGAGAUGGCGCUGCAGUGGACGAGGAAGGAUCUGGUGGCUAGGCGUCAAAGAAGGGAUGCUGUAUGGAUAGCCCGCAGCGGCCGUCAUGACGAGUCAGCAGCAGCAGCAGCAGCAGCAGCAGUAGUAGAAAAAUCCAGAGUCCUCCAGAGUGCAAUCAGACAGGUUUUGCUCUCUACUGACGUGAUUCAGAAUGCGGACGAAAUUAAGCGGGCGAGUUUCCCAUGGGUUGUUCAACUAUGGGUCUCGGAGCUGGACCGUGUCCGUAACCUGAUCACGACCUAUCCGGGACACGAGUCGCUUUGGUACCAUUUACGGUUCGUGUAUUAUGGACUACGCUGGCUGGACGGUGAGAUGGACCUGGAUGAAAGAGGAGGGAAUAGAGCCGUGGAACUUGGGACUCUGGAUUCGGAGGAUGGCCUAUUUGUGUCUCUGGCGACUGAGGAUGAGUUCGUUAAGCAACUGGCGUUGCCGGAUCCCACGACAACAGAUCAGGAUGAAAACCGAGAAACAGAUGAUGUGGAUAUUCUGAGCGAAGAACAGGAACAGCAGAGGCAUUGUGCUGAACGAUACCUGACCUGGGUCAAGCGCCUGGAUGUUGGGUGUGAUCCAUGACCACAGCAAUAAAGAAUGAUCCUUUUUUUGUCAAGCUCCUAA